AAUAGAGGGCCCUAUUUUGCUUGAAUUGAACCCUAAUUUGCAAUAAAAAAACCCCCUUUUGAUUCAAACUCCAAUGACGAACAACGAAGAUCCGCAAUCGCAAUCGACGAAGAAAACCAGAGAGUUGCCGAAUCUGUCGGAGUGCCAUUGUUGCCACCUGAGAGUCGACAUUGCCAACGCCAGCGCCAAGAGCAAGCUUCACAUCCUCUACAGCGAGUGGCGCGUCGUCCUCCUCUGCAAGAAAUGCCUCUCGCGGGUCGAGUCAUCGGAGCUCUGCUCCUACUGCUUCGCCGCCACGUCGCCGUCGCUGGAGGACUCCUUCAAUUGCUGCCAGUGUAACCGGAGAGUACACAGGCAUUGCGAUUCUGAGUAUCGAGGGAUUGCGCUGUUGUCUCAGGAUUCUUGCUUGGCGGUGGAGGUUGGGGUUUGCGCCGAUUGCUGGCUGCCGGAGUCGCUGGCGCGGUGGAGAGGGUUUAUGAGGAGUCAGAAGGCGCGAAGAAGUGGAAAAGGGAGAGCUUGUUUGGGAUUGGGGAAAUAUAGGGUUUCGGCCGUGCUGGAUGGCAGGACAAUUCGUGAUGUGUCUGGUGCUGAAGAGGGCUCAAAGGAUGUGGCUUUCGAUGUCGAUGACGAUGAUGAUGAUGAUAGUGGGCAUUUGACUGCCAUGAAUAGCUCUGCUAAGAAGCUGUGUUCGCCAAAUUUGAGUGUGUGUGUUUGUGAUUCGUCGACUGGUGUUGGUUGUUUGAAGCUGGAUAUCGAAGAGGAGAAUGAGGACGAUGACGGGCUGUUGAUCGAAGGACAAGGGAGCAGCUCCAAUGGCGUUGAUGCUCUCAAUAAACAAGAGCUAGAUGAAUGUGUGUGUGUUACAACGCCGAAAGACAAGAGGCGCAAUUCUAAACUUGAUCCUUUUUACUUCAAGUACAGGAAAAGGAGCAUGGUUAAUCAGUCUGUGGUAACAUAUAAGAGAAGGCCCAAAAAGCUCAAUCCUUGUUCUAUGUUAACAUAUAAGAGAAGGAGACCCAAAGGCCACCUCUUUGCUUGUUAUAUGUUAACAUAUAAGAGACGGAGACCCACAAUCCUAUAUGAUCGUUCAUCUUGAGACCGAUACUGAAUCUUCGAGUUGAGUGUCUGGAGAUCACAGGGCUUUAUUGUAGAAGAAGUGGCUCGCCCCCAUUGAAAUGAAGUGACUGAGCUCGGCCAUGGCGUGAUACUGAAUCUUGAUGUUACAGAACACUUGUUUGAACUUUGUGGGAAUGGACGAUCACGUACCAGCAAUCACCAGUGAACCGCUCGUCAGGCUUUCUCCUGAGAAAGACGGGGAUCCUAUGAUUCUUCUCAAGGUGCAGAGCCAACAGGGUUCUGUCAUCUCCUACAUGACCGAUCUCCAUAUGCAUCUUAAACAUGUAACUCGAGAUUACUGCAGACGUCUAAAUGUGAGCUUUGAAGUGACACGUUUCCUCUAUGAUGGAAGAAGGGUCCAACAAACCGAUACCCCUGCAAAGCUCGAGAUGGAGGAGGAUGAUGCUAUUGAUGCAAUGGUGGAUAUGAUUGGUGGCGGAGGAGGCUAUUAACUAACUCAUCAUCUUGUGAAAUUUGCCUAGGCUAGAUUACAGUCUCUAUGCUGCUUGUUUGAUGGAGAAAGAAAGACCUCUCUUGUUCAUGUUUCAUUUCUGUUGGGAAAUCUAGAUACAAUAUUUUGGAUUCAGCAGAUGUGUAGUGACUUUUUGCUUUAGUGUUGUGUUGAUGACAAUCUGCAACUGGAUGAAUGUAGUCUUUUGAUAUUUGACGAGUUGCUUCGGGUUUCGUCUAUACU